AUGAGCGACAGGGAUUUACAGCCGGACUUCUUUUCCGACGAUGAGUCAGAUCAGGAACAUCAGGUGUUUUUGAGGUCAAAAGCGAAACGCUUGCAUGCUCAUACUACCACAACUGAUGAAGCAGAGGGGGAAGAGGAGUCUGACUUUGGCAGUGAAGAUGAAGAAGAGAAUUUUGCAAGUUAUUCCAACCAUAGAGAGACAGAUAAUCAAGACGUUGAAGAUGACGAGCAUCCACAAUCAAGCAAAGAGCAGCUCCUACUAGGCGACAACGAUGCAUCACCUGCGUCCACCACCACCUCCACCACCAUCAUCAACAAAAAGCUUAAAAAGCUCACCCCCAAGGAACUUGAAAAAGAGCAAAAGCGCAUCAAAAAAACUGGUGUUUGCUAUCUAUCGAAAAUUCCACCAUACAUGAAACCGGCGAAAUUGCGAUCCGUACUAUCACGAUUUGGUUCAAUUGAUCGAAUCUUCCUCAAACCAGAAGACGCAUCGAUUUAUCACAAACGAGUCAAGUAUGGAGGAAACAAGAAGAAGCGUUUCACUGAAGGAUGGAUUGAGUUUGUGAACAAGAAAGACGCAAAAUUAUGUGCACAGACUUUGAAUGGUAAUAAAUUGGGAGGUAAAAAGACAUCUUAUUAUUAUGACGAUAUAAUAAAUAUCAAAUAUUUAUCGGGGUUUAAGUGGAUGGAUCUUACUCAACAGAUUGCCAAAGAAAAUGAAGUUAGACAAGCUAAAUUGGUGUUGGAUUUGUCACAACAAAACAAGUUUAAUAAAGCAUUUGUUCACAAUGUCGAACAACUGAAGAUGAUUGAAGGGAUUAAGCGCAAGAGGAGCCAAAGGGACAAAGAAAAGGAACCAGGUGAGGGAGAAGAUACCAUUACUGCCAGUGACAAAAAGAAUAACAGCAAGAAUGAUGAUGUGAGUGAUACCUUGCGAAGACAUUUCAAACAACGCAAGGUGACAAGUACAAGGAGCGACGCCUCAAGCGAAUUGAAGGAAAAGUCUGCACCUAAUGACCGAUUAGCCAAUGUUUUAUCGAAAGUUCUAUAA